UACCAAGAUGAAAACUGCCACAAAUAUCUACAUUUUCAAUCUGGCUUUGGCUGAUGCCUUGGCUACCAGCACACUUCCCUUCCAGAGUGCUAAAUACCUAAUGAACACCUGGCCUUUUGGUGAGCCCCUGUGCAAGCUUGUCAUAGCCAUUGACUACUACAACAUGUUCACUAGCAUCUUCACCCUGACCAUGAUGAGCGUUGAUCGUUACAUCGCUGUGUGCCACCCAGUCAGGGCACUCGAGUUCCGGACUCCCGUCAAGGCUAAGUUAAUCAACGUGUGCAUUUGGAUUCUCUCAUCUGCCAUUGGAGUGCCCAUAAUGGUCAUGGCAGUUACCAAGGUGACAGACCAAGGAAAAACGGUCUGUACUCUGAAGUUUCCUGAUCCUGAUUGGUACUGGGACACAGUCACAAAAAUCUGUGUCUUCAUCUUCGCUUUUGUAGUGCCAGUCCUCGUCAUCACAAUCUGCUAUGGGUUGAUGAUCCUUCGCCUGCGCAGUGUUCGGCUUCUUUCUGGUUCCAAGGAGAAGGACAGGAAUAUGCGUCGCAUCACUCGCAUGGUGCUAGUGGUGGUGGCGGCAUUUAUCAUCUGCUGGACACCCAUUCACAUCUUCAUUAUUAUCAAAACUCUGGUGGAGAUUGACCAGAGGAAUCCCUUUGUCAUCGCCAGCUGGCACCUGUGCAUUGCCCUUGGUUACACCAACAGCAGUCUCAACCCCAUUCUUUAUGCCUUCCUAGAUGAGAAUUUCAAGAGGUGUUUCCGGGAGUUCUGCCUACCAUUCCGUACCAGAAUGGAACAGAACACCCUUUCCAGAGGCAGGAAUACCAACCGGGAACCAGUAUCAGUUUGUACGCCAUCCCAGACAGGAAGGACUCCACUAUGACUAGGCCUGGAACGGAUCCCACCAGGAUCCCGCUCACGAUUCCAACAAGACCUGCAAUCGGAGGUCACCCAGAUUUCCACCACUGAAUUCUAGAAUUUAACAUUUUUCAAAGGAGGAAUGCCAAUUAAUUAGUAUAACAGAGUGAAACCAAUUUCUAAGUAAAUAUUUAUGAACAUUAUUGCAAUAGUCAUGAAUUAAAAGACUGUGUCUUCUGACUGUAUCCUCAUAGGCAGCGAAUGCAUGUCAGAAGAUAUGAGGUAAAUGGCUUCGAUCAGUUAUAGACAAGUCAAAUCAGUGGGUUGCCUAUGCCAUAAAACACAGAUCAAUUGAUUUUUUUUUUUUCUCGGCCAGGAAUGGACUUCUUCCUGAGGCCAACACAAAAAUCAACAUCUUGCUAUAUGAUGGAUUUUGCACCACUGACUGAAAAGUGAUUGAAUGAGAUAAAGAAUUUUAUUUUCAGACAAAAACCAUCAUACGCCACAUUUGAAUAAGGUUGCCUCAUUAGGAAAAUUGCUCUUUUUUUUGUACUUUUUGAUACAUGGCUACAGAUUCCAACAUUUAUGAGAACUAAAAAGAACUUUGAAUUUAUUUCAGAUUCUAAAACAAACCCUGGAGAUGUUUAUGCUCAAGAAACAAUGUCUCUGUUUCCUUGGAGCCCAAAGGAAUAGUCUGUGAUAUGAACAGAGACAGUAUAAUGUACUGUGACAAGAGCUUCAGACCAACAAAUUCACAAUGUGUCAUCAGAUAAUUUUUGUGAUGACAACACAUCAAUGUCCUGCAUUACCAGUCACUAAGACUUAGGUAAACCUGAAGAUAUCACAGCCUUAUUUUGACUUUUCAUUGUUUUUCAUUCUUUAGAACCAUCGCCUGGAACAUGUACAGCUGUACAGACUUGGUUACUAUACUAACUCAGACUGAAUCAGUAUAAUAUCGUGAAUAUUUCCAUUCAGAAGGUAAAAAUAAUCAAAUAAGGUAAUAAAAUGGAAUAUAGUCACAUGGUUGCAUGUAGAUCAUUAGUAUUAUCCACUAAGGGCUGGUGUGGCUGCAGAGUUUUUAGUUUCAACCAAACAAGCCAAACCAAUCCUGAUUCCACCCUUUUAAUCAGUUGAUCUUCGUCUUUAAUCAGCUGUCAUGUGGCUCUUACUUGGUUGAAAUGAAAACCUGCAGCCCUUUGCAGAUAAGAUUGGAUUCACCUAAUCAGUUCAAGUAACUACAAGCUCAGAGGAGAGCAUAUAGCAGUAAAUUUGUUUUGUUUAUGUCAUGAGAUGCAUAUAUGAAGACCAAACAAGGCUGAACUGGAAUUUUAAAGAAAUAUUAAUUAUGUCCAUGAAGUAUUUCAUUUAGAAAAUCUUGAAAAAAUUCAUCCAUUUACAACAUGGACUGUAUUAUAGAUGGAGCUGGAGAUUGAAAUGAAUAUUCAAAAAAAGACAUCAGCUUAAUCUUUUUUAAGAAUUCGUAUCAGAUUGCUAGGAAUGCCUUAUAUUGUUUUGAACAAAUUGCAUUAAGUAAAACAGAACCUCCAUGGGAGUGUAUAAAGUAACAUUUAUUUCAGUAGUGUUUUUAAAUAGUACAGUGUGCUUACAUAGAAAUAAAAGAACUUCCAUAUAUUGCAUAUUGUAUAUUACAUUUAUGGAACGCUUUAAGGGUAACAAUCAAAUCGUUGCUAAGUUGCUUAGUAUUAUACUCAGAGCAGUAGAUACCAGUCUCGCUGUGCUUCUACAGAAAUGUAUAUAAAGUGCCUAAAAAUCCAUAGUGCAAAAUAUAGCUUUUUUAGAUGGAUGUUGACAAUGUUAAAACUGUGCUUCUGUUACUGUUUAUUUUUGAAUUGUCAUUAUUCAUGAAAUAACAAGUUUUGAUAUCACAUGGCUUAAAGUUUCACUGGGUGAAUUACAAAAGUUUCGCAAUUAUUUGUUUACUUCUUGACCCCACCUUUCAUCCAUGUCUAUAUACAUAAUGCCUUGUCUGCCAGAAUCAAUGUUGAGCAGCAGAGGUCAUCCAUGUUAGGUUGCUAACUUUCCAUUAUCUCAUUCUAGUUAUCGAAGAUGGCUAUAAACAUGCAAAGUAAACAUGCACAGCAUGAUGAUUUGUUAUAAUUAAUUGAUAUUAACAUGCAUAAAAUAGCCUCUAAACAUCUGGUCAUGGCCAGAGGCCUGUUUUUUUUUAACAAUAUAUUUUGAUCAGAAAUUUGGAUUGUACAUCAUUGUAUCCUCUGGGCCCCCUUCCAGCUUGAGUCCAAGAAUGCUUUGGCAGGGCUCAAGCUCCAUCAUUAGCCAGUCUAGCUAACUAGUUUAUAAGCACUGUUUGUCUCAUUCUACUUGUCCAGUUAUGACAAGGUUAGAUAGGGUUAGAGUUAGCAUUAAAUUCCAAUAUGUUUGUGUUUGUGUGAGUGAAGGCUCUUUGAGGGCCUGUUUAUAACAAGACUGAAAGGAGGGCUGCAAAUACAAACAAGGAAUUAGCAGAAAUAAUAUAAGAGAAAUCCUGACAAUAUGCCUCUUUUCUUUCCUUCUUUGGCAUUUGUAUAAAUACUUACUUUUUCUGUCAUAAAUGUUAGAGCUGUGUAAAUCCAGUUUUCUGCAAAAGGGUUACUGUUUUUCUCUAGGUCCAUUCUUUGUUCCAUGCUCCUAUUUGCAUUUGCUUCUUUUUUACUACUGCAAAAUAGUUUUCCUGAAAAAUUGUGGAACUUAUAUUUGUGCCGCCUGAACAUGAGUUAUGUCGUCAAUAUUUUGCCAAAUUUGCUGUUGCUGGUUUCCUUCCAUUUAUAUAACAAGUCUGUGUGCAACAAACUGGGGACAUUGUUUUUUUUUAUUGUUGGUUUGUUUGUUUGUUUUUUCACUUUUUUUUCCCAAAACCGGCAGACAGUGUGACCCUAUAGUUGUAGACAGGGGGGUGUAUAUUUUCCUUACAAUUGUGGAUACAGUAUGUUUGAUCAGACGCCCUGGGUAAUUAAAGGUGGUGGCAGCUGGUUAAUUUUGGGUUGUGAGUAGUGUAAAGAGAAGCUCACAUUUCAUAUUACGUUAGCCAAGAUUUAUUACAGUAAUAAUAAUAAUAAUAAUAAUAAUAAUAAUAAUAAUAAUAAUGCCACUUUACUAAACCUAUUAUUAAGCAAAGAUUAAGCAUGCUAAAGAGCAAGGCUACACAUAAAGCACGCAUGUAAAAUAAUAAUGACCAGCACUGUUCACAUAACCACAUACAAGUGACAAAGACAAAAAAAGCAAAAAGACAUCUUAUCUUUAGAAAAGCUGCAGGCGAUGAAUGGAAGAAUUAAACGUUCUCAGAAUGUGGUCUUUCCAUUCAUUGUGAAAUUUCCAUUAUUGUUGAAUUAUCAAGCUACACGUUAAAUGUUUUAGACAAAGUUAGCUUUGCAAAGUUUGCUCUCACAACGACGCUCAACCAUUAUUUACGUCACUGUCGUUAUAGCAGCAUGCAUGUGUAUGUAAUUUUGCUGAUUGUGUCUGUGGGUCAUGAUGUUAAGUAUUUUUUGGUCAACUUAUUCUUCAAUCAUAAUCAGUAUUCAUGGUAAAACUAAAUUCAUUUACAAAAUUGUUUAAAAAAUAUUUAGUUAUUUAUGCUGGGUGCUGAGUCCCAGUAGCUGAAAUCAUGUUCGGUGGUGGGGUGGGGUGUUUACCAGAGAUGAGGGGGGCAGAGUGACCUUGGUGCCUGAGCCGGGCCUCCUGGGGCCCCCUUGUGGCGCCGAUGCUGACAGAGCCUAUUGUAAACGAGUUACAUCAAAA